AUGCAGUCCUUCACUAAGUCUUUGGUGCUGUUGGUGAGCUUCGCAGGUGCUAUCCUGGCUGCACCAACAUCCUCUUGCCACAUCAAUGCCAACGUCUGUCUCGGGGACCACGGAAGCGGCACCUGUCUACCGACGACCUACAUCCCCAAGACGUGCUACGACCUCCCCAGCGCCUGGAUCGGAAGCGUGAAGACGCUGACGCCGCUCGACGACAAUGCCGUCUGCCUGGCCAACUCCUACGCCCCUAUUUAUCCUUUCCUCUCUAUGCACAAAAGCCAAGAACUGUGGUUACUGACUCUCUUCUUUCCUACUAGCAUGUCCUGUACCGAAGCCCAGCAAAACAUCUGCCACGACUCGCCCGACUGCACGGGUUACGUCAUGCCCAGCAAAGAGAACCCGGCCGGGUGGGAUCUCACGGCUUCGGGGUUGAUGUCUAAGGUUGUCUCGUUCAGCUGCUGGAAGAAUGGCACACUGCUGGGCACGCCGGCCGCUGUGAGCAGUCUUGCGGGUCCGGCUGCUACGGCGAUGUAG